AUCAUAUCACACAAGUUUCUGAAUACAUAAAGAAGCAAUUAACUAGGAGUAGAAAGAAGAAUCAAGAGUUACAGAAAUGGCAAAGACCACCAGUUCCAUCUGCUUCACCACUCUUUUGCUCGUUGUCUUAUUCAUUUCGGCCGAAAUCCCAAAGAGCGAGGCGUCAUGUACGAAGUUUUUAGGCGAAGCCAUAUUAUCAUACCCAUGUAGCGAAAGCUCUUGUGAAGCCAAAUGCGCUGAGCAUUACCACGAGUCAUGCAGAGGAGAGUGUGAGGAUCAUGAUCACCACCACGAUGGAGUGCAUUUAACAAAUGACGACGACGAUCAUUGCCACUGCUACGGUCGUUAUUAAACUACUGAAGUAUUGAAGUAAAAAAAUAAGAAUGUAAGCGUGGUGGUCUCGUUGGAUUUAAGUACUAUAUGUGUGAGCGUUGUUUUCUUUCUUUACAUAAAAUAAAAUAGUUCGUAGGACGAAGCUAAUGAGUUUGCUUCCCUCUACAUCUAUGUUGUAUGUUAUUUCGAUUUGAAUAAUAAUCAAGUUGUUUUGUGUU